UAUAUAACGUUUAUGUUCUAACCUCAAACUGCUCCGAUUCUAUCCGGAACCCUUGAAACGUAGAUAUCGUUUUCCGUACGCGAAUCCGUUUCGUUCAUAUCUUAUCGAAAACUGUCAUCAGAGAUAACCGAUAAACUUUACUUGGUUUCCUCCGCGGUUCUGGAAGCUCAGUAUCAAUCACACCUUAGGAAGACUCACUAUGGUUGACCCAAUCACUAUAUGCAGCAUUGCAUAUUACACUGAAGUCUUACAAGUUCUUCUAUUUACUCAAUAUUAUUUGUCAAUGCAAGCUGUAGCCUUAGCUUACGUUAGGGUAAACGAUACUAACACAUGUAGGGAGUAAAAAAUAUAUUGCAUGAUUCUAACGCGUUGAUUAUCUGAUAAGAGUUACUGCCCCUUAAGGUAACACAAGUUGCAGCAUAAUGUUGGAUUACAGUGAUGAGUUAGAAUUGCAAAAAGAAGCUGACGAGGUGGAUCAACUUGCCAUGACUUCUUUAGGGAAACUAAUAUUUGUAGACAUUCAUUGUAGACAAUCAAAGUCAUUAUGUACAGAGAAAACAAAUGCAGAUGUUAUAGAUUCUCUAUCGCUUGCAUUUGAGCAGUUAUUUUAUAUGCCAUUUGACAUCAUUGAAAAUUAUGCUAACACAGUACAUACUUUGGACAUUAGUCACAAUAAGUUUAGUAGAAAUUUACAAUUCUUGGCAGAAUUUGAAAAUUUAACAUCACUAAACUUAGAUCACAAUAGCAUAGACGACUACACUGUAUUCCCAUAUAUGCCAAAACUGCAACUUCUGUGGUUAAACCAUAAUAAUAUUGAGGAAUUGUAUCCAUUUGUAAAGAAUCUCUAUGAGAGUGUGCCCAACCUCAGAUAUUUAUCCCUCAUGGGUAAUAAAGCAGCGCCGAGUUACUUGAAUGGGGGAUCUUUCUACGAUUAUCUUCAAUACAGGUUAUACAUAAUAUCUUGGUUCCCUCAUUUGGUACAUCUGGAUGACAGACUCGUAACACCAGAACAACGUGAAGAAGCUAAGAGGCUUUUCAAACGACCAUUUUUAGAAAAUCUAGCCGAUCAUACUCCACUUCCUGAAUGCAUCAAACAUCUGCACAAUAAAAUUACAAAUAUAUUUUUUAAACCAACACUGCCUUACAAAGAGAAAUCGAGAGGAACAAAUUUUAUUGUUUAAUACAGUAUUAACAUACUCAUAUUACCCUUAUUCAAAAGCUACUUACGUUCACUAAUUUAAAAUAACUAUUGUAGAGGUAAAAAAUAACCUUUUUUAAUCAUACAAGGAUGGGUUACACUCAGAAACAACCACACGGGGCAGUAACAAAUCAACAAGAGUUUUAUAAUAUAAUAUACUAUGUACACCGAAGUACAUGAUUAUAUUAAUCAUUUUGAUACUUCGGUCCAAAUAACAUAGAGUAUUAAUUUAUAUACUAUAAACUAGGAACAAACUUCACAACGAACAAGGAAUUUUUAUAUUAAUUAACGUCACUCAAUAUUUCAGAAGGUACUCGACUUUAAUUAACUUCCAACACAUUGUACACCAAACAACUGUUAUAUAAUUCAGAGACACAUAUGUGUCAGCUCAGAUAUAUUUUAUACUAAUGGCAAUAAUGAUUUAGAAAUAAAAACAUUUGAUACAAUAA